UCUAAGAAACAGAUUGAGCGGUGAACUCUCAACUCUACGGGAAAAUAACUUUUUGCGCAUUAAGCUUUAGGUAAAGUCGCAUACAACACGUACACCAAAAUAUGUCCGGAGACAGAGCAGAGGCUGUCGAGGUGGAGGGGAGCCUGGGAGACAGCACAGAUGCCAAGCCUGACCGCAAAGGGAGGUUUCUGCUCUUUGGCAGUAAGAAGAAUAAGGAUGGCCAGACGCGGGAGCAGGACUACUCUUCUGAAAGCCAUUACAGAAUUGUUUCACCAACAUUCCAGUAUAAGAUGAGCCACCAGCGAGUGGGCAAGUGCAUCAUCAUCAACAACAAAAACUUUGACGAAAAGACAGGGAUGAAUGUACGCAAUGGCACGGAUCGAGACGCAGGUGAGCUGUUCAAGUGCUUCAAGAGCCUGGGCUUCGAUGUCUGCAUCUACAAUGACCAGACGUGUGAGAAGAUGGAGCGUCUUCUCAAAGAGGCCUCGGAGGAAGACCAUAGUGACAGCUCCUGUUUCGCCUGUAUCCUGCUAAGCCACGGUGAGGAGGGCAUGAUCUACGGCACAGACGGAGCCAUGCCCAUCAAGACCAUGACCUCGCUGUUUAGGGGUGACAUGUGCAAAAGCUUAGUCGGCAAACCCAAACUCUUCUUCAUCCAGGCUUGUCGGGGUUCAGAGUUUGAUGAUGGUAUACAGACAGAUUCAGGUCCUCCAAACGAUACCCUGGAGACAGAUGCUAAUCCAAGGCAUAAGAUUCCUGUAGAGGCCGAUUUCCUCUUUGCCUAUUCAACUGUGCCAGGGUACUACUCAUGGAGGAACCCUGGGCGCGGCUCCUGGUUUGUCCAGGCACUCUGCAACGUCCUCAAUGAGUUUGGCAAGCAGCUGGAGAUCAUGCAGAUUCUGACUCGGGUCAACUACAUGGUGGCCACCAGCUUUGAGUCCUGGUCUGAAGACCCUCGCUUCAGUGAGAAGAAGCAGAUUCCCUGCGUGGUCUCUAUGCUGACGAAAGAACUGUAUUUCAACUGACUGCCAGUCUAACGGACACAGACUGACUGUCUGACCACCAGACUGACUGAUUGACUGACUGACUAGACUGACUUGACUGACUGUUUCAGGUAUUGACUAAGUGGUCAAAACAUUCAGGGAUGAUCCUGGCCCAGCGGGACACUGCACAUUUUGGGCAUGUAUGCCAUUUUGCAUGUUUUGCUGGGCCCAAAACAAGCUUUCCAUGGGAAAGAAGUAUUUACAGUGGCACUCCGCGUUCAUGUGUUGAUGGUGAUACUUGCCUCUUCUUCAGGUUAUUCUUCAGAAUAAUGACGUCACAUUUGAUCUGAUCUUUGUCGACAGGCAUUGUGAAAUAUCCAUGUAGUUCUACCAACCCGGAAAAUUUGCUGCCAUUUUUUGUGGGUUCGGGGAAUCAUAUCUGAAUAUGCGCUUCUCCAUUUUCCAGCAUUUGCAAUGGCUUUGAUACGAGUCAUAGUGUACAUAGUGGACAGGAUUCUACAAGCUUAUUUGCAUGUUAUUGCAUGGAAUUGACUCCUGACUUAUUGAAAUUAUUACAUUUUGUUCCCCCUCUCCAGAAACAAAACCAAAACUAGUCCAGUAACAAUAGAUUUCUACAUUGCACUUUGCCUUAGAUAUUAUGUGCACAAUAUUCUGUCACUUGCACUAAGUAAAAUCAAUUGGACACUAGGUGGCAGUUUAAUGUCAUAGGAGCCUUUGUUAAUGAAUCCUGUCCUACCUUGAUAUGUUGAACUUGAUUUUGCAGCCUGUACUAAUGGCUCUUUUGAGAUGCACUAGUCAAUGUAAAGCACUUUCCUUUGGAAAACUGAAUAGAAAAUGUUGACCAACGCUGUUAGGUGCAAUGUAAGAAAUGAAAAAGCAGCUGGAAAAUGGACCAGAUCAUUUUCAGCUAUCCGUGUUGUAACAUUUUUCAAUUGUCAGUGGUAAAAAAGAAAAAAAAAGUGCCAAAACACGUCACAGUGCUCAUGCCAUAAGCUCAAUGUCUCAUCUCUCCUAGCAGGUUAUGCUAUGUUAGUUAGUAGCUGCAUGCUGGCAUACUCAUGUUCCUUAAUGUGUCCUAUUAAUGGAUACAUGUAAUUUUACACAACUUAUUUAAUGGCUAGGAAGAUGUGAUCAUCUGCUAUCUAAUGAAGAGUUACAUGAGACUUUGGGUCAAGGGCAUAGUACAUAGUCCACCCCCAUAACAGCAACAAACAUUUGAGAUUUUGCCAGUUUUUUAAAGGCACUUACAUUAAUUCAAGAUGCUGAAGACUUCAAGGCUGGCAAUGAAAACUUGCUUGUUGUUCAAGCUCAAACAAGUGAAGUUAGUGUAUUUGCAUAUGAUCAAAAUGAUGCACUUGUCCUCUUCUUAUUGGUCAAGGUCCAGCAAACCAUCGUAUGAAUUUCCCUUGAUGAAAUUUAGACAUGCCUCUUUACUUUCCUCUGUACACCGCAUACCAAAGAAAUAUGCCUCAGAUGGAGGACUUCAAAUGUCUAAAUCGUCAUAAUUUGGGGAAAUAUCAUAUGAUGGACAAACUGGAUUCUGGCCCAAAGCACAAAUGCCCACAUCGUUUCACUGUAUAUCAGUGUGGUAAAUUGUCAGUCAUAACAUUACUACAGUAAAAGCUACCUAGCAAUGUCUUCAUAUUUCUUAUUGCCAUACCGAAAACUAGCUUUGCAUUGAUUUAGAAUGAUGUUAAAACAAAGAUUCAUAUAACAAAAAAGAUAUUUUUUAAAAAAAGAUCCAAAAAAAGUUUUGACUUAUAAUUUGCUUUAAUAUAUUCCUUUUAAGCAUAUUGUGCUUAUUGCUGAACACUAUUUAAAACAAAUACUGAAAAUAUUCCAAGGAAAUGAAAACAUUUUAGUGAAUGAAUUAAUUAUUGUCAUUGUGUUAUGUGAUAAAAUCCAAAAAAAGAUUAUUUUAAUGAUAGACAUUUGCUGGGGGUUAUUAUAACGUACACAAAGUUUAUAUCUGCAAAUACACCUUGUUUUUGUCAAAAAGUUAGAACUUUUCUGUCUGUCAAUCACAGAGGCAGCUAUUACUGGUGGUGACAAGUCUGACCAUUCACAAUCCACAUGUCCACAAUGCAUGCUCUCAUUGUUGCUGCAAAGUUUUUGCAUUAUUCACAUGAUUGCAUGUGUCAGUAACUUUGGGAAAAAGUUCAGCAAUGGCUUGAAUUUCUUUUGAUAUUUUCCUUUUUUCGGUCUUUGUAUUUUUUCAUCAGUCAUUUUUUAAAAAAUUUAACACUAUUACACAAUAUUUCUAGGUGCCAGAACCGUGAUCAGUACUCUGGCUUAUGGUAGACACUUUACCCAUUACACACAUACUGUACCUGUCCAAUGCAGACACAAUUCUUGAAUCCUCUCGACACAUGGAUCUCUGAUCAGUGAUGUGGUGCCCAAACUGUGCUGAAAGGAGUGUUUGCUCCACUUGUUUUGGAAUGGAAUUGAAGGGGGAAAAAUAUUUUUAGGGGUAAAUUUUUAAAUGCUUUCCAGUGUUUCCAAUGCUAUUGUCCUCAGGAAUAUUUUUGAAAAGAUUUGGAUAAAUGAAUGGAUGGAUUAAUAAGAAAGAGUAUAAUCUGGCCCCAUUUUUAAUUUGGGGCAAUACAUUGUUUAAAUUACUUCAAAUCAGAGGAAUGCUUAUGUA